ACAGGAGAUCCGGCCGACUUAGAAAAAAGAAUAGAACUCUACGGGCAAAACCUUAUACCUCCAAAGAAGCCAAAAACAUUCUUACAGUUAGUAUGGGAAGCCCUACAAGAUGUGACCCUCAUCAUCCUGGAGAUUGCAGCCAUGAUCUCCCUGGGGCUGUCCUUCUACCAGCCUCCUGGAGAGGGCAGCGAGUUCUGCGGCAGUGCCGAAGCCGGGGCGGAAGACGAGGGCGAGGCGGAGGCCGGCUGGAUCGAGGGCGCCGCCAUCUUGCUGUCGGUCGUGUGCGUGGUGCUGGUGACGGCCUUCAACGACUGGAGCAAGGAGAAGCAGUUCAGGGGUUUACAGAACCGCAUCGAGCAGGAGCAGAAGUUCCAGGUGGUGCGCGGCGCGCAGAUCAUACAGCUACCCGUAGCUGACAUAGUGGUCGGGGACAUCGCCCAGAUCAAGUAUGGUGACCUGCUCCCCGCUGACGGGAUCUUGAUACAAGGGAACGAUGUGAAGAUUGACGAGAGCUCUCUGACCGGAGAGUCGGACCACGUCAAGAAGGCUGCGGACAAGGACCCCAUGCUGCUGUCUGGUACCCAUGUGAUGGAGGGGUCAGGCCGCAUGGUCGUGACAGCCGUCGGGGUCAACUCUCAGACCGGCAUCAUUUUCACUCUGCUGGGCGCAGGAGAGAUAGGGGAGGAGGAGAAGAAAGAGAAGAAAGGUCAGACAGUGGAGGAUGGCCACCUGAACGCAGACUCCCAUCCCUCUACCAACCCCAUCGCCACUAUAACUACUGAUGGUGCGGCAGGCGCAAAUGCCCCUGGUAAUGCCAGCCUAGUCAAUGGUAAAAUGCAGGAUGGCAAUAUGGAGAACAACCAGACCAAAGUCAAAAAGCAGGACGGCGCCGCCGCCAUGGAGAUGCAGCCCCUGAAGAGCGCCGAGGGCGGAGAGACGGAGGAGAAGGAGAAGAAGAAAGCCAACGUCUCCAAGAAAGAGAAGUCGGUCCUGCAGGGGAAGCUCACCAAGCUGGCCGUCCAGAUCGGCAAAGCAGGUCUGGUGAUGUCAGCCAUCACGGUCAUCAUCCUGGUGCUGUACUUUGCCAUCGACAACUUUGUGCUCCAGAAGAGACCGUGGAUGCCCGAGUGCACGCCGGUCUACAUCCAGUACUUUGUCAAGUUCUUCAUCAUCGGUGUCACCGUGCUGGUGGUGGCUGUACCUGAAGGCCUGCCACUGGCUGUCACCAUCUCCCUGGCCUACUCAGUCAAGAAAAUGAUGAAGGAUAACAACUUGGUACGCCAUCUGGACGCUUGCGAGACGAUGGGCAACGCCACGGCGAUCUGCUCCGACAAGACGGGCACCCUGACCACCAACCGCAUGACGGUAGUCCAGGCGUACGUAGGCGACGUCCACCACAAGGCGGUCCCUGACCCCAGCAGCCUGCCGCCCAAGACACUGGAGAUUCUGAUCAACGCCAUAGCCCUGAACAGCGCCUACACCACCAAGAUACUGCCUCCCGACAAGGAGGGAGGUCUCCCCAAGCAGGUGGGCAACAAGACGGAGUGCGGCCUGCUGGGCCUGAUCAUGGACCUGAAGAGGGACUACCAGCCCAUCAGGAACCAGAUCCCUGAGGAGAAGCUCUACAAGGUCUAUACCUUCAACUCCGUCCGGAAGUCCAUGAGCACCGUCAUCAAGCUGCCCAACGGGACCUUCCGCAUGUACAGCAAGGGAGCCUCCGAGAUCGUCCUCAAGAAGUGCACCUGGAUCCUGAACGAGGUCGGCGAGCCCCGCGUGUUCCGCCCCAGGGACAAGGACGAGAUGGUGAAGAAGGUGAUCGAGCCGAUGGCGUGCGACGGCCUGAGGACCAUCUGCGUCGGCUACCGCGACUUCCCCGCCGAGCCCGAGCCCAACUGGGACGACGAGAACGGCAUCCUGAACGAGCUGACGGCCGUGUGCGUCGUGGGGAUCGAGGACCCGGUCAGACCAGAGGUGCCCGACGCCAUCAAGAGGUGCCAGCGCGCGGGCAUCACAGUGCGCAUGGUGACCGGCGACAACAUCAACACGGCCCGCGCUAUCGCCAUCAAGUGUGGCAUCAUCCACCCCGGAGAGGACUUCCUGUGCAUCGACGGGAAAGAGUUCAACAGGAGGAUCCGCAACGAGAAAGGAGAGGUUGAGCAGGAGCGUAUUGACAAGGUGUGGCCCAAGCUGCGAGUCCUGGCCCGGUCCUCUCCUACUGACAAACACACACUGGUCAAAGGUAUAAUUGACAGCUGUCUGGGAGACCAGAGGCAGGUCGUGGCUGUGACAGGAGAUGGGACCAACGACGGGCCCGCUCUGAAGAAAGCGGACGUGGGCUUCGCUAUGGGAAUCGCUGGGACAGACGUGGCCAAGGAGGCCUCUGACAUCAUCCUGACGGACGACAACUUCUCCAGCAUCGUCAAGGCCGUGAUGUGGGGGAGGAACGUGUACGACAGCAUCUCCAAGUUCCUGCAGUUCCAGCUCACCGUCAACGUGGUGGCCGUCAUCGUGGCCUUCACUGGGGCCUGCAUCACACAGGACUCUCCUCUGAAGGCAGUGCAGAUGUUGUGGGUGAACCUGAUCAUGGAUACCUUCGCCUCUCUGGCCCUGGCCACAGAGCCCCCCACAGAGUCCCUCCUAAUGAGGAAGCCCUACGGCCGCAACAAGGCCCUCAUCUCCAGCACCAUGACCAAGAACAUUCUGGGCCACGGUAUCUACCAGCUCAUUAUCAUCUUCACCCUGCUCUUCGCGGGCGAGGUGAUCUUUGACAUCGACAGCGGCAGGAACGCCCCCCUCCAUUCCCCUCCGUCGGAGCACUACACCAUCAUCUUCAACACCUUUGUCAUGAUGCAGCUGUUCAACGAGAUCAACGCCCGGAAGAUCCACGGCGAGAGGAACGUCUUCGACGGCAUCUUCCGGAACCCCAUCUUCUGUUCCAUCGUGUUCGGAACGUUCGCCAUCCAGAUUGUCAUUGUGCAGUUUGGAGGAAAACCGUUCAGCUGCUCCCCCCUGAACGCGGAGAAGUGGUUGUGGUGUGUGUUCCUCGGCCUGGGAGAGCUUGUCUGGGGACAGGUGAUAGCCAGUGUACCCAAUAGCAAGCUGCGAUUCCUGAGGGGGGCGGGCCGUCUGACCCGUAAGGACGAGAUGCCCGAGGAGGACGUGAACGAGGACAACGAGGAAAUCGACCACGCGGAGAGAGAGCUGCGUCGCGGACAGAUCCUCUGGUUCCGUGGCCUCAACCGGAUCCAGACCCAGAUCGAUGUGGUGAACACGUUCAAGAGCGGCACCUCCUUUCAGGGGGCGGGGGCUCUGAGGCGCCAGUCGUCCACCACCAGCCAGAACCAGGAUGUAACCAAUGUUUCUAGUCCUAGUCACGUGUCCUUGUCCAAUGCCCUUUCUUCUCCUACCAGUACUGCUGCUCCUACUGGCCAGUGCUAAGAGCCCUGGACAAAGGGUGCAACACACGGCGUGACAUUUCAGAUCCGUGUCGUGAAUGCAUUCCGCAGCUCCCUUUAUGAAGGAUUGGAAAAACCUGAAUCCAGAACCUCCAUUCACAACUUCAUGACGCAC